GGACAGUACCGGCGCCACCAGCAGAGGCACUGAGAGGGAGGUAGUGCGCGGUGUCCGGCCCACCAUGCUGACCGCGCUCGUCCCGCAAGAGUUGCCUGGGCUCCCGAGGUGGUUGCCCGCGGCCCCCGCGCGUCGCCAGGAUUCCUCGGGUUCGUCUGGCUCCUACCACACAGCUCCGGAUUCUCCAGAGCCCCCGGACGUUGGGCCGGACGCAGAAGACCAGGAGAACUGGCCCUGCGUGGCCCCUAGGCGGGGGGUGGGCGCGCAGCCUCUCCUGUCCGUCAGCGCCCAGAAUAGCAGCCAGCAGAUCUGGUCCGGCUCAAGUUUCCACCGAGGUCCGGGCUCCGGCCCGCCGCCACCCCAGCCCCAGCUACGCAUGCUGCCGUCGGGGGAGAUGGAAGUCAUCUUCGGCGCCAGGCCUCUGUUGAGCCACUCGGACGCCGAGGACUGCGAGGUGCAACAGCUCACGGCGCCGACUUCCAGCAACCUGUCGCUGCCGGAGCCAGUGUCUCCUUCCCCUAUCCCAUCACAGCCCCAGUCCCCAGACGGUGGCUCCCGAUGGGCCACCUAUCUGGAGCUGCGGCCCCGUGGGCCGAGCCCUCGCGGGCCGAGUCCUGUGGCCUCAGCGCAGUUCGAGUGUGUGGAAGUGGCACUGGAGGAGGAGCCCACCGCUCCAGGCAGGUCCCGGACCGUGCCGAAACGGCAGAUCGAGCUUCGCCCCCGGCCCCGGAGUCCCUCGCGAGCCGCCGACGCGCCGCGCCCCCAACUGUUCCUGCGCACUGGCUCCCUAGACGAGUCAAUGGGCCGCCUGCAGGCGGCUGCGGGCCUAGUGCAGACAGCACUGGCCAGAAAACUGGACCCCACGGCCCCGGCCUCGAGCAGCGCCACCUUUCGGCUCACCGAGCGGCCACAACCUAGGACUCGGGAAACGUCCGGCAGCACCCACAUGGUCCUGGAAGAGUCUAGGUCUCGGCUACUCCACGAUCAAGAUAAUUCGGCACGGGCGAGAGCCCCACGACCUUGGCCCAGCCUACGUGAGCGCGCGAUUCGGCGCGACAAGCCCACGCCCGGGACCGAGCCGCUGGGUCCGGUUAGUUCCAGUAUCUUCCUGCAGUCGGAGGAAAAGAUCUCCGAGGCACGCAACCAGGAACCCAAGACUCGGUUCCCACGAGAGUCUCCGAAUCGAACCUCCCCUAGGGCACACAGUCCAUCUUUUAAGUCUAGGGUCCCCUCGGAGAUUCCCAGCAGGUCUGUGAGGCCAAGGAGCCCCUCUCCAUCGUGGCAGGCUCCAAAUGGGACCGAGAGGGGUCCUCACUACCCCUUCCCAUGGGAUCGGACUGUACGGAGGGUGAGUAGUCCGUCCUUGCCUGAAGCAUCCUCUGCGUGGGAAAAUCAGAAUCCCUCUGUGGAGGAAACUUCCAGCAGGAGGACCCCUUCCCCUCCAACUCUUUCCCAGUGGAAUCAAGGUGCUGCUGGAGCAAGGAGCUCAUCCCCCGAAGUUCCUUCCCACGAGGCUCCGCAACCGGCAGUCGGGGAGGCUGUAGGGCGGGGUACAAGCCGGUCUCCGUUGACCUUGUACCCAUGGGAGGCAACAGAUCUUCCUGUUGGAACACGGAGCCCAUCGCCCCAAGAGACAUGGGUUCCCAUGGCCCAGGGCUCAUCGAUAGCGUUUACGCGGGAAGCUAUGAAUGGUGUAACUGAGGAGUUGGCAACUUCUACACCAGCCGCACCCGGGACUCCAGAACUAACAGAGGUGCAGAGUACCCCCACGCGAAAGAGUCCGAAUCUCGUCGCCACAGGCAGUGAGCCGUCGCCAAAGACAGAUGUCUUUGAGCCGCCCCGCAGUUACGUCGUGGGGUCCCUGGACGCCGAUGCUCGCCCAGAAGGUUUGUGCUCCGAAGUGGCCUCUGGACGCUCCCGCGUGACCAUUCCGCGGCCAAGAGAUGUGCGCAAGAUAGUGAAGACCACUUACGCUCCAAGUUUCCCAUCCGGAAGCCCAGGCUCAGGGCUACCUGGGCCUCCUUCGGAUUCUGGCGGGGAGGAGGGCGACGCAUCCAAGACGCCAGAGCUUCAGGUGCUGGGGUCCCCCGCCCCGGCUCACUACACUUCCGUUUUUCUCAAGGAUUUCCUGCCAGUCGUGCAGCACCCCUACGAGUCCCCUGAGCCAUCCCUCGACAGAGUCCCACCGGACGCCUCGCAGCCCAACGGCGUCUUGCGGCGGAGGGCAGAGAACAGCACCGCAAAACCCUUCGCGCGCACCGAAAUCCGCUUGCCUGGUGCCCUGGCCUUGGGCGGGCGGCCAGAGAGGAUCUCCAGAGUCCUGGUCCACAGUCUGCGCGGAGAGAAUCGGGAUGCGGAAGCACAGCGCCUGGUUCCCGACGGCGAGGGUCGGACCAGCCCCCUCGGCGGCGCUCGCACCUCCCCGCAGCGGUCCUCUAUCGGGCCCUCAGCGACCCGACCAUCCCGCCCCUGCUCCCCUCAGGCGUGCCCUAACUCGAGCCCUGGGAUAGCACCCAAACUAGAGGCACCCGCUGCGAACCCCGAACCUGCGUCUUCCCCACCUCUGCGGGAGUCCCAGGCGUUGGCCAGCAUGACGGCUCCGCCCCAGCCCCGCGCUGCCUCUGCACCUCCCACGGACCGGUCCCAAGGCCUCUCCCAGGGGAUGCGUAGGCCUCUGGGAGCCACACACCCAGGGAAGGUCCUGGUGGAUCCAGAGACCGGCCGCUAUUACUUUGUGGAGGCGCCUCGGCAGCCGAGGCUGCGGCUUCUCUUCGACCCCGAGAGCGGGCAGUACGUGGAGGUGCUGCUGCCGCACUCCUCCCCAAGGCAGCCCCGCCAUAUCUACACUCCGCUGGCCCUGGGGCCUGGCCUCUACCCGCCUGCCUAUGGGCCUAUUCCUAGCCUCUCACUCCCUCCAUCCCCGGGCCUGCCAGCCCUUGGCAGCUCCCAGCUGCCCUGGGCCUCUGAGGCAGGACCGCUGGACGGGAUGUACUACCUCCCCAUGAGCGGGACUCCUAGCCCUGCUCCACCUCUGCUCCUCUGUGCCCCUCCUGCUAAUUCGGAUCCCACACAACCUAGCAAGGGUUCAGUGUUCCCUUUGUGAGGCCUUAGGGCCCAAUCCCCUGGAGUUGAGCCCCCUUAAAUGGCCUAGAGGUUCUGGCUUCUAGCUCCCUGUCUUUUCUUCCCAUCACCUUUUUUGGUCUGUCCCAGUCAGUCUUCAGGCCAGAAGUAAUCUUCAGAGAAUGUAUGUGAGACCCCAGGUUGAUGAAGCUGGAGCUCAGGAGGUAGCUAACUACUUGCUACCCCCAAUGAAAAUGUAUGUCCCUUUCCCAAGCAUUCCCUGGGUGUUUAUGUAUGUGUUUAUGCAGGCAAGCAAAUAUGUGAGGAGCCAGCCAGAGGAAGUGUUCUCCAAAGGGCAGCAGAAAUGAGAACUGCAGAACAGGGUGAUCUCCAGAGGUGGUAAGCUGUGUCCCUCUCUGAAAGUGGACCUAGUUGAUGUGGAGCAGGCCAGUGGGCACUGUUGAGAUGAAGGGGAAGGACUCUGGUAUCAAGUCUGUUUUUUGGAAAAGUAGUUGAGCUCUGGCCUGGGCAGCUGGGGGGAAAGUGGCUAGUGCAGCCCCAGGCCAAGUUGGAACUGAGAAAGGAACUGUGGAAGCAGCAGGUGGAGGUGGAGUGAGGAAGCAAUGGAAGGAGGGACUAGGGGGAGUCAGCCUGGAAUUGGGGGUGAGAAGAUGGGGUGAGGUAUGUCCAGAUGCCUAUGGCCCUCAGAGGGGAGCCUAGUUCUUCCUUCCUUCCCUGAACUCCGGGUUUCUCCUCAGAGCCCUGGGAGCUGAGUUGACUGAUCUUAGGGGUAGAAGCAUCAGCCAUUUCCACUUGGUUAGGAGCAGGUGAAAUAAGUCACCAAGGACUUACAGAGCUGGGUGCACAAGUUCAAGACCAGCUUGGCAAAUUAGUGAGACCCUAUCUCAAAAUAAAUACAUUUUGGGCUGGGGAUAUAGCUCAGUUGGUAGAGUGCUUGCCUUGGGAGCACUAAGGCCCUGGGUUCGAUCC